AUGUUGAACACGCCGUCGACGUCUUUCUUGAGGAAAGGGUGGACUCAAAUCGGCCAAUCGACUUCAAUUCUCGUGGACACGACAAGGGGAAUGGGACGAAAGCCGCCAAAGCAGGGGAAACCGCCGAUUCUUCCACCUAGCAAGAAGGUUCUUUACCAUGUUGUGCAUCCAAAAUGGGAGAAACCGGAGAAUGUGAAAGAGCUUUUGUGGAGGCGAUUCACUUAUAACAACGCGAUCGCUUCAAUCAGACAACUUUAUAUACAGGAGAGUAUUUCUCGAGCUGCAACUGGACAAGGUCUCGAAGCAAUGAAAGAAGAAGAGGCCAAAGAAUUGAAUCUUCUCAUCAUUGCGAAUAAUGAACGAAAUUUGCAAAAGGCGAAGGAAAGAGAGGUGCAAAAGAUGGAGAAAUGGAAGGAAACCAGGCAAGAAGUUCUUUGGGAGAUUCAAAGUACGGUGGAUGCGCAAGCUGAAACGGCAGCUCGAUCAGAGCUUGAAGUCCGGACGGUGAUCAACCGAAGCAGCGACUUUGUGUCAAAAGAGAAUUUGGAGAAAAAAAUUUUGGAAGCUUUAGAGACGCCGAAAGUUUACGAUUUUGCGAUUGACAAAGCUGGUGCAAAGCUCGAGAGUCCAACACCGGUGAAAUAUCAAGAGGGAACGCCAACUGUACAGAAAACACGAUUGUAUGAUCAAACGUUUGCGGAUCGAGUG